AUGGAAACCAAGUUCGCCUAUCCUUCGGACUCCACCAUAAUAUCGCCAGCAGACUAUGCCAACAAUUCCAAGAUCAAGCUCUCAGGUAGAGUGUUGAACGUGAUGACGUCGUUGCCGUCGCAGAUCUACAAGUGCCACGACCCCAAGACCCACGAGUAUAUUUGGGAUGUAGAGCCAGUAAGAGGGAACUCUGCUCUCUACUCCUCGCAGUACUUUCUAGACCAGCACACAGACUGGGAAACCCAUUUGAUUGCUUGGACAGGCGAAUUGAUCAACAACACCAAUCUUCUGGCCAAUGGCGAAAACAUCCAAGACGAUCCACUCUACUUGGAUGAUAAGGAAAAACAGGAGUUGGAAAAGAAGUUGAGAAAGGCUAACAACUCGGACAACAUCCACCCAGUUUGGCUCUUGAGACGAGACCAGGAAAGAUGGAGAAAGUAUGCCGAAAACGUCCUCUGGCCAGUUUUCCAUUACAUCCAGGGUCAGCCUUCAAACGGUAAAGCCGAGGCUGAUGCCUGGCACGAUUAUGUCAAAUUCAACGAAGUCUACUGCAACAAGAUCAAAUCCGUGUAUAAGCCUGGAGAUAUAAUAUGGAUCCACGACUAUUAUUUAUUGUUGCUUCCGCAAUUGUUGCGGAUGGAGUUUCCGGAUGCGUAUAUCGGACUUUACGUCCAUGCUCCAUUCCCAUCGUCAGAGUAUUUUCGGUGUCUUUCGAAGAGAUCGCAGUUGUUGGAUGGCAUGUUGGGAGCUGACAAGAUCGCCUUUCAAUCUGACUCUUUCCAACGCCACUUUCUUUCUUGUUGCUCUCGUCUCCUUGGUUAUGAAGUCACUUCUAACAAGAUCUUGGCCUAUGGUACAGCCAUCUCUGUAGAGACUUUACCAAUAGGUAUCGAUACCAAGAAGACAGAAAAUGAUGCAUUUGAACCAGGUAUCGAGGUUAAAGUCAAGGCUCUAAAAGAAAUCUACACGGGAAAGAAGAUCAUUGUAGGUCGAGACAGAUUGGACAAGGUCCGUGGUGUGGUUCAGAAGUUACAGGCGUUCGAGAUGUUUUUGCAGAUGUACCCAGAAUGGAGAGACAAAGUUGUGUUGAUUCAAGUCCUGAGUCCGGGCUACUCUCAUUCGGCCAAUGUAGAGAAAAAAGUAACUGAGUUGGUAAACCGUAUCAACAGCCAGUUUGGUAACUUGAACUAUACGCCUGUAUUGCAUUACCAGAUUAGAAUCGAAAAGGACGAGUACUUUGCUUUACUUAGAGUAGCCGAUUUGGCAUUAGUUACUUCUGUACGUGAUGGAAUGAGUACCACGUCGCUAGAAUUCGUCAUUUGUCAGAAAGAAAAUAGUUCUCCCUUGAUAUUGUCCGAAUUCACUGGCACUGCCUCUGUUUUGAGAGAAUCGAUCUUGGUGAAUCCUUGGGAUUCAGUAGGAAUUGCUAGAACCAUCAACGACUGCCUCUCAAUGUCUGAUGACGCAAAGACCGAUUUGGAAGGAAGAUUGUAUAAGCAGGUUAUUUCGAAUACCAUUCAGAGCUGGUCUUCUACCUUUUUGUCUCACUUGAUUGAACACGUUUCUGAAACUCACACUUUCCAUUAUACUCCAGCUUUGAACAGACCAUUGUUGUACAAUAGCUAUGCCAAAUCAGAGAGAAGAUUAUUUUUGUUUGACUAUGACGGAACUUUAACUCCUAUAGUCAAAGACCCAGCUGCUGCCAUUCCAUCUUCUCGAUUGAACCAAAUUUUGGAUGCAUUGUCUGCUGAUCCAAAGAAUCAGAUCUGGGUGAUUUCAGGUAGAGACCAGGCGUUCUUGGACAAGUGGUUGGGAUCGAAGAAUGUUGGAUUUUCUGCUGAACACGGCUGUUUCAUGAAAGAUAUUGAUUCUAAGGAAUGGGUGAACUUGGCUGAAUCUUUUGACAUGUCGUGGCAGCAGAAGGUGGAUAGCGUUUACAGGUACUACACGGAAAGAACGCCGGGUUCUAAUAUCGAGAGGAAGAAAGUUGCUUUGACAUGGCAUUACCGUAGAGCCGAUCCAGAGCUUGGACGGUUUCAGGCAGCAAAGUGCUUUCAACAAUUGAAGGACACAGUUGCCAAAGAAUACGACGUGGAAAUCAUGGAAGGUAAGGCUAAUAUAGAAGUUAGACCCAAGUUCCUCAACAAGGGCGAGAUUGUCAGACGGUUGGUAUUGAACCCACAUGGAUCUAAAUUGGACACCCAUAUCUCGUCCAAGGGAUCAGCAGAUAUUUCAGUUGCAGACUUACCAGAUUUCAUCUUAUGUCUAGGAGACGACUUGACUGAUGAAGAUAUGUUCAGAGCGCUUAAGGAGAUUGAGGAUGACUGGACUUCGAAGGAGUUUCCUAAGAACCAGUUUGGUUCCUAUGGUGUAUAUCCAGUUGCUGUUGGUCCUGCUUCUAAGCAGACUAUUGCUACAUCCCACUUGAACGAGCCUUCGCAGGUUUUAGAGACUUUGGGGUUGUUGGCUGGUCAAGUGUCGUUGUUUGAGAGUGCUGGCACUGUUGAUUUAGACGAUAGAGGUCAUGUGGCGAAUAGUCCUUCGUCAGAAAGAUCUAAGACGGCCAUUAAAGAAGCAGCACUUCGCCGCAAGGUCAGCUUAAGCAAGGUGAUUGAAUCCAAAGAGAAAAUCUAAUACUUCAAUACUAUAUACCAGGAAGCUAGACGUAAGAUUAUGGUAUGAGGGAGUGGUUUUACAUGCUAUUAGACAGCAACUUACACAAUUUUUAAGUAGAAGCAAAGUAAAGUAAUAAACGAAUAUAAACUGGUA